UUUUAUUUUAUUUUUAAUUAAAAUUCUUAGAUUAAAUAUCUUUAUAUAUGUUAAACGGGUGGGUGGAUGAUUAAUGGGUGAAAAAAUCAUAAUCCACAUCCGAGCCGCUCCAUCAUCCACUUCAUUCGUCACCUGCUUUUCAUGCAUUUAUUUCGAGUUUUCGUCAAUUUAUUUCAAGCGGGUGGAUCGGGUUAGCGGAUAUCCAUUUAAUAUUGCCAUCCUUACUGAGGAAGGUAUUCAUUAGGUGCAAAAUGUAAAACGUGAAAAUGAUUUUCUCAUUUUCAAUGGUUUUUAUUUAUUUGGUUUGUUAAAAUUUAUAUUUCUAAUGGUGAAAAAUAACUCUAGUUGGAAAAACUUUAUCCUUUUUUAAUAAAAAAAAAUCCACGAAAAAAUCGUGAUUCAUUGAAAAAUGUUAUCGGUUCCUUAAAAGAUUAUUGACGCCAAAACCAUUUAGUCCAAAAAUUAUACCAAAUCGUGCUUGUAGCCUAUGAAGUAAUUAUAACACAAUUUCAAAGUCCCAGCCAUAGUAACACAAUAUCACUUGAUUUAUGGAUUGAUAUCCAAUGACACAUUUCCUUCCCAAAAAUCGUACCAAAUCGUCCUUGUACCCUGUCAAGCAGCUAUAUCACAAUUUUAAAUAAGUCCCAACGAAUUAGCACUAACUAAAUAUAAUACUCCUUAAUUGACACUUGAUGUUUUUACAUUUGAUAGCAGUUUAAAAGCCACCACUCUGUCUUUUAAGUCGUUAGACAAUAGGACCACAAACAUCUCACAUGAGGGGAGGACCCUAACAUGUAUACAAUGUUUCAGAAAGUUUGCAUAAAAUUAUGUCAUAAUUAUUUCUUAAUUAAGUUUGGUAUAUUUUUGUAUGGACAAGAUAGCUGCUUAAUAAAGAUACAAAUACAAGUGUAUAAUGUUGCACAAAAAGGUACAAUAUCAAAACUGCUUAUUGUUAGUGUUUGUCCCACUUUAUGGUGUUUAGAUAGUAAAGAAACUUCUGAUUAUCAGCUUUAUUGUUCUAACUUUUUAGAUAGCAACCAUAUCUUAACAACAGCUUUGAUUUGAUUUUGUUUUUAUAUAUUAAAAUUGGUUCAAUUAUUAAUUUCAUUAUGAAAAUAAACAUGUAUAUGUAGGACUUCAGCUUUUGCUAGUUAUAAUGAGAACCAUUAAUUAAUAUGGUAAGUUUAUGAUUGUUGUUGAUAAGUUGCUUCAGAGUAAAUAACCCACGGGAAGGAAAAGUGACCAAAACUGAGAAACUGGUUGUUGACUAAAUUGACGGAUUUUAGACCAAAAAGUAGGGGAUUGACUUAGGCUGGGGAGGCUAAAUUUCUAAGCAUCAAUCUCUAGUGUAUACGGAGUAAUGUUAAUGUUUAGAGUCUGUUCUCAUUUACUAAACUGAGCUGAACUCAACUGAAUUGAAUAAUAUUUUAUGAGAGAAGAAAAUUAGGAAUUGAACUGAAAAUAAGUAGAAAAAAACAAAUCCUAAGUCAUUGUGAUAUAGAGAUUAAUUUUAAGUAAGAAAUUAUUCUUACAACUCCAAAGUGUCUCUAAUGUAGUAACCUACGGAGUAUAGUAUUUAUUGAUCUUACAUUGCUUCAAAGUCAUGAGAUAUAAACCUUACAACUAGCUCAUUAGAAUUUGAUGCAUACCGCUGUAUGCUAGUCUACAUCUAACAUAAUCUCCAAGUUGGAUUUUAGUACUUGGAUUUUAAUAUUGCGUAAUUGUGAUUUAUAAUUGAUAUAAAGUAGAAAAUGUCUAAAUAAACUAAAAUUUGGCAGGACAAUACCUAUGUUAGAUACACGUAUUAUAUUGAGAUACAUGUAUAAAUGAGAUUUGAUUUCAAGUAUAACAUGCACUAACACAUUCUUACUACUUUAACCGACUAAUUUAGCUAACACAUGUAAUAAAUAUGUACGUAAUAUUUUUGAGAAAAGCAUUUAGUUUUAUAUUUAAAUUUAGAAUCAUUGUUCCAAACAUGUUCGAAACAAGUGGUUUAUUUUCUAUUGACUUUGUUUUUUUGGGAGUGAAAGUGGAAGUGUGGAACCUAUUAAACUACUCAUAUCCAUUUAAGCAAUCUAUCUUUCCAGAGAAGCAAAUAAUCUAUCUGACCCCAACAAUAAAAUAAAGCCUAUUUAAAAGCGGCCUUUUUCAUAUUUCCCUCUUCACCUAUAUAUAAACCCCAUCUCCAAACAUCAAUGUACAUCAGUUGAUCACCAUUAUUUUCUCCACAAAAUCACUCAACAACAAAAACUCAAUUAAAUGGACGAGUCAUGGCGAAAGAGCAUGGGUGUCUCCGCCUCCAGUACCUCAACCGGGGGCACGGCACUAGAACCCGAAGAUUUCAACGACGUUUUCGGAGGCCCCCCAAGAAGUGUAAUAGCAAGAAAAAUGUCAGCUGACUUCUCAAGCAACGAUUGGUUUUACAAUGAGAUUUUCAAGCCACCUUCAGAUUUUUUUGAUUCUCCGGCUGUAAUUUCGGGCCGAAAGUUGCCUGAGUUUGUUAUUCCGGACAGGAGACGGUCCAAGAAUAGGCAAGUGAAGUCCAUGUCAAGAUCAAAGUCCACUUCUUCAUCUGUUAUGAGCUUUGAUGAGAUGAAUGAACUCAAUAAUUUCCGAUCCGCCGCUGUUAUUGGGGAGGAGGAUGUUGUUCUUUCAACUUACACUUCCAAGCUCAGGCCACUCAAUGUACCAAGUAGAUGGAUUGCAUCAUCCAAGCCUAAAACAAAUCAUAAAAAGCAAGACUUACCAGCAUAUGGAUGCCCUAACACAAUAUCUUCUUUUGAUAACAACAAUUUCAUUACAAAUGAGUGUAAUGACUACAUGCUACAAACCUACAACUUUGUGUAUCACCAAACUAUACCUUCUCCAAAAACUAUAAACUUUGAACACUCCUUCAUAAAUGUCAAUGGUGAAUAUGGUGUGCAACUCUCGCCGAAUUCACCGGUUGUUCCUCCUCAUCAAGGUCGAACAACAAACUACGAGUACGAAGAAUGUUUAUCAUAUCAACAACCUUCUUAUGUUGGUAGUGAAGUAAAUAAUCAAAUGGUUGAAGCCAGCAACUCAGAAGAAACCAAUAUUGCUGAGGCGAUUGCUUGGGCGAAGGAGAAAUUUCAUGGUUGGAGCUCAAAUGGUAACACGCAAGGAGUUAAUAAAGAACAAGAGAGCAACUUUUUUACAAUACAUGGUGCGAGAUAAAACCUAUGGCACAAGGUUAAAAUUUU